UCAUUACAUUCACAACGUGAGUUCCAUACUGUGAUCUGUCAUCUGUUGCGCGCCUUCUCACGUUGGUUUUAAAAAUCGAACGUAUAAAUUAAAAAUAAAAUAGUGAAACAGAUUAAAAAAUAUUGUGCCAGUGAAAAAUGGUUCGCCAAAUGAGUGUUUUACUGUGUUGUUUAUGCUUUUUGGGUAUAGCGUUGACUGAUAGCGCCAUAACCGCAGAAACCGAAACGAGAUGUAGGAACCCACCCACGGCACCACAAAAGAUCGAGCGAGUGAUCACCCUCUGUCAAGAUGAAAUUAAGCUUUCGAUUCUAAGAGAAGCACUAGAUGUGAUCAAGGAGGAGCACACGAUGCCGGCAGAGAGACGCAGGAACAAGAGAGAGGUGCCCUUCACACAUGAUGAGAAGAGGAUCGCUGGGUGCCUGCUGCAGUGUGUUUACCGGAAAGUGAAAGCUGUGGACGGCUACGGUUUCCCAACACUUGAAGGUCUGGUCAGUUUGUAUUCAGACGGAGUGAACGAGAGAGGAUACUUCAUGGCGGUGCUCGACGCGUCACGGGAGUGCCUUAUGAAGAAUCACGAUAAAUUCUCUAGGACUGUUCCUAUGGAUAACGGUCUCAACUGCGACAUCUCUUUCGACAUAUUUGAAUGUAUCUCAGACAGGAUUGGUGAAUACUGCGGGACAUCGGGACUUUAAAUAAAUAAAACUAAUGUGAUCUUUUAAGAAAAUAUAUUUACAAAAUAAUAAAAAUAAUAAAUAACAAUAAAUCAAAGUGAAAGUAGAUUCCUGUUAUAACGAAACUUUUUGUAUGAAAUGAUUUUUUUUAAUAUGCAUAGUUUUCUCUAUGUAUUAUAGAUAUACCUAGUACCUACCUAGUAAAUUAUAUAUUAUGUAUAUUUUGGUAUCCUAUAUAUUUACAAUAUUCAGAAGAAUUAAAAAACUAUGUUCUGUAACAAUAUUUGUAGUUACCAUAAUAUUAUGAUGUUUAUAUUUUCUUAAUUAUUUUUAAAUUAGAAUAAGUGUUUAUAUUGAACAUGAUUGUAAGCGUGAUAAUUUAUAAAAAAUAUUAACUUUACUAAAAUGUGAUGCUCAAUAACUUUCCCUUAGUGUUAAUUGUUAUAUUAUAUUUGUAUAAACUCUCUUACUCUUUAUUUGAAAAUUAACUUUCUUCAAAAAAACACGAGAGCAGCAACCGAUAUUCUUUUGCCAUAUCGCUAUAGAAGGAAUGAUGCAUACUAACCCGGUGUCUUCUUAAACAUGUAUUAUAUAUUAUUUUUCUACUUCUUAUAAAUAUUUUCUGUUUUAUUACAUCCUUUUUCUUCUCAUAUUUAAAAGGAUCUUUUAAAUUUUAAGCUAAUACCAUGUAGAACUUAUUGUACAUACUGGUAAGAGAUUUUCAAGCAAAAUGUAAAUGGAUCUAUGACUUCCGUUUUGAUCUGAACAUUUAAAAUGAAAUCGAUGAAUUCUCUUCACGGAAAUUGAAUGUUUAUUAUUUUAAUUAUGAGCAAAUAAUAAAAUUCAACGUUUUUGUUUCUUAAUAAUUUUUCAAUAAUUUAACUAAGCAAAGCUUUAUAACGAACUGAUAGAAUUAAUGUAGAUUGUAAACGUUGUGUAAUAAAUAUGUAAAUAGCU